AUGGUUCACGUCGAGGAGUCCCUCCAGUUGCCCCGUGACUUCGAAGGAUUUGGAGAGCAUGGACACGAUCCACAGUGGCCAAAUGGUGCACGCAUUGCUGUUUCAUUCGUGCUCAACUACGAAGAGGGCGGAGAACGGAACCCUCUUGACGGAGAUAAGACCAGCGAGGAGUAUCUCUGGGAGAAGGGACCGUCCGGUGGUGGUAGAGAGUUCCGGCACUUGAAUGGCGAGCAAGAUUUCGAAUAUGGCAGUCGCUGUGGCGCGUGGCGGAUAAACCGUCUCAUGAAAGAGUUUGGCUGGAACAUGACUCUCUGGGCAAUCGCUGUAGCGAUGGAAAGGAACCCCACCUUUGCUAAAGCAUGCGUAAGAGAUGGUCAUGAGAUAGGCGCGCACGGAUACAGAUGGCUCGAUAUAUGGAAUUAUUCUUUGGAAGACGACAAGGCGUACAUCAAGAAGACAUGCAAGGCUCUAGAGGCAGCAACGGGCGAAUUUCCUGUCGGAGCGUACUUUGGCCGCGGAACACCGAACACGGCAAAUUUGCUGCCUAUUAUGUGGAAAGAAAUGGGCCACAAGAUGCUUUACACUUCGGAGGUGUACAACGAAGAUUCCCCGUACUGGAUCGAUUUGCCAUGGGAGAAGAACUUGCCUGACGAAGAGAAAGAAGGCUUGCUCAUGGUGCCUUACAACUACGAUUGUAAUGAUGGGAAAUUUCAUAUGCUUCCUGGUUUUGUCAGCAGUGCCGGGGCUACUUACGAACAAUAUCUGAAGGACACAUUUGAUUGUCUUUACCGCGAAGGAGGCAAGAUGAUGACCAUACCUCUUCAUUCACGAAUCGCUGGUAAGCCUGGACGAUCAGAAAGCCUCCGAAAGUUCAUGCAAUACAUAUCAGAAAAAGAAGGCGUUUGGGUCGCGACACGAAGAGACAUUGCGAAGCACUACCGGUCGACUUUUCCUUACCGUCCUGGGUCGAAAACCGGAGGACAGUAG